GUCCUGCACCCUGCCGUGUUCCCCUGCACCGGACCGGAGCGUGCCAGGCCAGACUCACGACACUGUUCUCCCGCGGUGGCAGACAUCUCACCCUCUCGCUAACCGUGAAGGCCGGAAAAAAAUACAGGUGUCCCACUACUGCCCGGCGACAAGAGGAGGGGGCUGGCCGCAUCUGUUGCCAGGGUGAAUUCAUUAACACGUUAGCAUCCAGCUAGCUAGCUGUAGUCCCAGGUACCUAACGUAACUACGGGGUUUACACCGAAAAUCACGAAUGUCAGCUCUUGUUUGUGGUAGACAGCGCUCCUCAUGAAUCUAUAGUAAAUACCGGGUCCGGUAACGGGGUGAUAUAUUAGGUCCGGAGAAGACGACGGACCUGAAAGUUGCGGGAAUGGGUUUGAUGUAAUCUGGAGCUAGGGGGCUAGCUUCAUGGAAACACGGUGGUAGCCUGCAGAGCGUAGCUUGUCGCUACACACCCUACUAGCUAACAUGGAUGGUCAGAAGGGUGUCUCACAUCGGUAAAUACCAUGAGAACACUGCUUUCCACCGACAGCUAGAAGGCCGAAGCGACAAUGGAGUCUUUCUUGCAGAUAGCUCCCCACUCCCUGGCUAUAGUGCUGUCCAGGGUCGGGACUGGGGAGACGGUGGGGGCGGCCGGGGUGUCAGAGAGCGACGAUCUACCGAGGCACCACACUGGCUAUGAGAUUUUUGCUGAUUUCAAAGCAGAAAAUACCCAGCAGCAUGUGUGGAGUCAACGGAUUACCGACGCUGUGUCCGAGACCUUCUUCCUGGGCUGGAUAGACGAGCAUGUGUUGCUGAUUCAGGGGAAGGAGGACCACCUGGAGGUGCUGAGGGAGGGAUGGAUGCGGAGGUCCCUCAACCCGCCUCGGGGAUUCACCAUCAAAUAUCUGGGUGAUGUGUCACCCAUCAGUAUGUCCCCCAUCAGCCAAUCGCAGUUCAUCCCUUUGGGAGAGGUAUUGCUAUUGGCUAUCUCUGCUAUGAACUCUGCCCAUAAGCCUGUCACUCAGGAGGCCCUAACUGAACACCUGCAGACAUGUUUUCCAGGUGUUCCUACACCAACGGAGGAGGUUCUUCACCACACCCUAAGCAUGCUGGUCCGUGAGCGGAAGAUCUACCCAACACCUGACGGAUAUUUUAUUGUAACCCCUCAGACUUACUUUAUCACUCCAAGCCUAAUCCGAACCAGCUCUAAGUGGUACCACUUAGACGAGCGAUCUGUUGAGCGACACCAGCAGCAGCAGCAACAUCAGAACCAACAGCAGCAUCAGCAGACGCAGUGCACCUCCCCUCUCUCUGGCACCAUCACCCCAUCCACCUCAGGAGGUGUGCGAGAUCGAACACACCCAAAGUCCAGCCAGAACCACAGUGGUGGAGGCGGAGGAGGUGGGGAUUCUUUUUACAACAAUACUUACCGGGGAGACGACCCCCCAAGCCUCCACACCACCCUGCAGCGGAGAUCCCCCAAAGACCACCGGGAAGCGUACUCAUCCCUGCACUCCCCACAGACACCUCCUCAGCAAGCAGGAGGCAACACAGAGAAGAGCCGCAGCACCCUCGGGUUCCCCUUCAAGACGGACACGCUAACCAAGCACCGAGGAGGGGGAGGUGGCGGGGGAGGAGGAGGGGGAGGAGGAACGACAGAGAUAGAGAAACAAGCUAGUGGAGGAAGUGGUACAGGGAGUCGGAAGUUUGGUUUAAAGCUUUUCCGUCUGAGCUUUAAGAAGGACAAAGCCAAGCAGUUGGCCACCUUCUCUGCACAAUUCCCCCCUGAGGAGUGGCCACUCCGUGAUGAGGAGGCACCCAGCCAGCUGCCACGCCAUGUUGAGAUGGAGAUCAUCCGCAGAAUCAACCCUGACCUUACCGUGGAGAACCUCGCCCGGCACACAGCGGUCAUGAAGCGUCUUGAAGAAGAGCGCGCUCAGAGGAGCAAAGCAUCAUCAGCCAAUCAGAGCUCUAGGAGUAGGAGAAGUGGAGGUAGACACAGAAAGCAGUCUCAGACCAAACUCAGCCGCUCACAUAGCAAGACGAGAGCGUCUCGCGGUGAGCCGAGCGACAGUUCCCACCUGGAGCUGGCCGACAGGGACUAUAGAGCCUACUCGUCCUCACUUGCUCGGUCACCGAGGGAACACGCCCUGGCCAUGGAGCGGCAGCGGGCCCGGCUUCACCUGGCACACAGCAAUCCCAACAUCCUCGACUCCUCCCAUCUUCCUGUCACGCCAGAGUGGGAUGUGUCUGGAGAGCUUGCCAAGCGACGCACAGAAAUGCCUUUCCCCGAGCCAAGCCAUGGCCCAUCAGCCCACCACUCCAAAGUCCACCGCUCACACUCCCACACCCAGGAGAGGAAGUCUAGGAACGAACGCAGUGACAAGGCCAAGGAACGUUCCAGAUCCAUGGACAAUUCUAAGGGACCGCUUGGAGCUGGGUUGAUUGGACCACCAGAUUAUUAUGAUGACCGGAGCCGUUACUAUACCGAUGAUGGAAC